AUGUGCCUGAAAGCAACGACAGAAAUUUAUGAAAUGCUCGUUUGCAAGAAGAACAUGGAGAUCGAAAAUGUCGUUGUGAAGCCACAAAAGAGGAAGAAAAUUCGGCGAUUGAAGAAGCGAAAGUACUGUGCUCUGUUUGGCGUCGAGAGAAGAGACGAAAACGAUGUACCCAUUAAACAGCGAAAGACGAAGACCGCGGCCCCCGAGAACACAACGCAGUUUAUCAUGGCGGACAAAGAAGUGAACGAACCUUUCUUUAUCACUUCUCCUUCGUCUUCGUCUCCAGCGAGCCAUUGUACAAGCUCACCAGGAUCAGUUAGAGGAACACCUCUGUCAGAGAGAGACUUUGCUUUCGACUCGUCUGAAGAGGAUCUCGUUCAGGACUUCGAGGAGCUUGAUUUCGACUUGGAUUUCUUUCAAAGAGACUACGAAGCCACGUACAAUCGUAUACAAGAAGAAAGUUUACUGGCUCUGUCACAGAACGAACUAGUAACUAGAUAUAUAGAACUUGAAGGAAAAGAGGAAUUACUUCUCAAGCGUUGCCAAGAACUGACGAAUAAUCAAGCUAACCAAAAGAAAGAGGAAUGUUCGUUUUCGAGGGAAAAUUCGUCUUCAACAAGCACGACCGCGCACGCGGUAAAAAUAGGAGAGGAAAAAUUGCUUCGUCAGCUGGAGGCGUUACAGAGAGAAAACAAGUCACUCAAAGAAGAAAACUUGAGGUUAAAAGGUUUUUCUUCUUCUGCAGGGCUAAAUCGCCUUUCGUAA